AGGGAGUUUCCUGUGAGCUCGGCUUCCUCAAUAUGGCGGCGCCCUUGUCAGUGGAGGUGGAGUUCGGAGGCGGUGCGGAGCUCCUGUUUGACGGCGUGAAGAAACAUCAGGUCACCUUGCCCGGACAGGACGAACCCUGGGACGUCCGGAACCUCCUUGUCUGGAUCAAGAAGAACUUGCUCAAAGAGCGGCCAGAGUUGUUCAUCCAGGGAGACAGCGUGCGGCCAGGGAUUCUGGUGCUGAUUAACGAUGCCGACUGGGAACUGCUGGGGGAGCUGGACUACCAGCUUCAGGACCAGGACAGCAUCCUCUUCAUAUCCACGCUGCACGGCGGCUAAGGGCCCUCCUCUGUGCCUGAGCCGCCUCGGGGUGGCGAGACCAUCAGCCGUCCCCUUGGGCCCUGCUUCCAGAUCUUCCUGUCCCCCUUGGCGGUUUUCUUCCCUAGUCUGUCCCCUGCGCUCCCUCCAGGCAGGGAAAAGAGGCCAGGUGCUAAAAAUGAGCCUCCUCAGGCACGUGAGCAGGGGGAGGCUGAGCAGGGGAAGGUGCCCCUCAGUGUGUCAGGAGUGGGGGGGUCUGUGCAGCCAGGUAAUAACCCAGCUGCUUUCUGCUCCUCUUCCUCCUCGUGUCUCAGCCCAUACACCCAGUCACCACUCGCGGGCAGCAGGGCCCUGCUGAGGAAGAUGAAUGGACCUGAAUAGCUGAUGACAGGCCCUCCCUUCUCAGAGAUUGGAGCAGUCUCCGCCUCAGUUUCCCCAUCUGGAGGGCAGAGGACUCUGCCUGUCCCCUACUGAUAUCAUUAUGGAACCCCAGCUGGGGUCCCCUAUUCAGUGCUGACCCCCCCCCCAACAGCAGCUGCUCCUCCAACCACACCCCUCCUCCUGCUCCCCCAGCCACAGCCCUUGACCCUGGCCAUCCUCCCCCAACACAGGCCACCAGAUGGGCUCCUGAGACGCCCCCUCCCCGCAAAAGGCCUCCUCCAUGCAGCUCAUUCCUCUGGGGCUGGAGAGGAGGAGGGUGGAGGUAAACCUUGGACUUGCAGAUAGACUCCUGCUGUGCAGGGGGGUGGGUUCCCUGUGCCUUAGUUUCCUCCUCAACCACAACUGAAUUUUUAUAGUGUUUGAGAAGUGGGGAGAUCCUUGGUGGCACAAAUGUAGACUUGAUCUCCUCUCCCACCUCCUGCAGGAAGCAGGAUCGGGGCAGGCAGCACCUGGUAGGCAGGAUGGCUCACCCCUCCUCCCUCCAUCCCUUCUGGAAGUCCUGGGCCUCAGGGCCUGCAACAGCUGGCCUUGGGCAAAUAAAAGACUAGGUUGUUUACUGGACUUGCCUGAAACUUCAUCCUCAGAAACGGGUGGCACCCCACGUUCCGCCCAGCCGCCGUCUCUGGUCCACCCUCUCUGUCCUCAGCUAAGCCUUUCAGCACUGCCCUUCAUCCGAAAAGGGAGCAGGGCUUGACUCAGACUGUCAUAGGGGGUGAUCUGAUAGGGCCAUCUGGAGAAGGGGUGGCAGAGCCAGUCUGUGCUGACCAGUCUAGGUCCCAGGUCACGUCCCUGCCCGUCUGUCCAAGGCCAAGCUUUGUCCCGCCAGCUGCAGCUAGUGGCCCCAGAACGGAGGUGGCAUAGAUAAGAGUGCUGAGCCCCACUUCCCAUGACCUGGAGGAAAAGCUUUGUUUGCUGGAGGGAGACCUCAAAAAAAAAAAAAAAAAAAAA